AUGGUCAAGGACUUUCUGCAGCACCAAAGGUAUGUGAUUGUUUUGGAUGAUAUAUGGAAUAUAGAUGUAUGGGAGGCAGUAAAACGUUCAAUGCCUAAUAGCAAUUGUGGUAGCAGAAUAAUAAUCACCACGCGCUUUGCUAAUAUAGCUGCAGCUUUAUCUGUCAAUUCAAGCAUCUAUUACCUUCAACCAUUGUCUCCAGAAGAGUCUUGGACCCUUUUCUGCAAGAAAAUAUUGAAAAGAUGUGAAGGAUUACCGCUUGCUAUUGUGGCCAUUGGUGGGGUUCUAUCAUCAAAAGACAAGUCUAAGACUAUUGAAUGGGAACUUAUUAGUCGCAGCCUUGGUGCUGAAUUAGAAAGCAAUGAGAGUCUCAAGAAUGUGACGAAAAUACUCUCCCUUAGUUACUAUGAUUUACCCUACUAUCUAAAAUGUUGUUUUUUGUAUCUGAGCAUAUUUCCUGAGGAUGAUCUUAUUGAACCUAUGAGGCUGAUUCGGCUAUGGAUUGCGGAAGGAUUUGUGGAAGGAAAACAAGGCAGGACACUUGAAGAGGUUGUAGAGUCCUACCUCAACGAGCUCACUAAUAGAGGCGUCGUCCAGAUUGCAGAAACAACAACAGGUGGAAGGGUCAGAAAGUGUCGUGUGCAUGAUCUUUUGGGUGAGAACAUUCUUUCAAAAUCAAGGGACUUAAAUUUUGUCAACAUAAUCGGUGAAAACAAAACAGUUCUACAUGAAAAGGUUCGACGCCUAUCCCUCCACAACGCAUGUAACAAUACAUUGCCGAAAAAGAGCUCUCCCCAUCUUCGAUCUCUAUUCACAUUUAGGGGUUCAUUGUCCAACUCAUCUAUACGUUCAUUCCUUGGUUCCGCUAAGCUACUCAAGGUGUUAGAUCUUAGAGGUGCCCCAAUAGACCAAUUCCCAAAUGAGGUUGUCAAUCUUUUCCAUUUGAGGUAUCUAAGCUUGAGGAGUACCAUGGUGGAUAAGCUUCCAAGGUCCAUUGAUAAGCUUCAGAAUUUGGAGACAUUGGAUCUCAAAUACACCAAUGUCUGCAAGUUGCCGGGUCAAAUCCUAAAGCUUAAGCAGCUGCACCAUCUGUUGGUCUACCGUUAUUUAGAGAUCACAUCAUUCGUGCCUUUUGGUGCCAAACAAGGAUUUGAUGCACCACUUGGAAUAGGUUCAUUGACAUCAUUACAAAAGUUAUCUCGUAUAAGGGCUGAUCAAGGUGGAAGCAUACCAAGGGAGCUGGCAAGUUUAACUCAACUGAGGAGGUUGGGCAUCAAAGGUCUAAGAAAAGAAGAUGGCAAAUUUAUAUGCUAG